AUGGAUCGAUUCAUGAAACCUGACAGACUUGGUAUAGAUCCAAACUCAGCAGAUGCAGCAAAAACAUACAACCAUUGGUUAAGAACAUUUAACAAUUUUGUAAGUACAGUAGAUAAUAACUUCAUUAAGCUUAAUCUCCUAAUAAACCAUAUUGAACCUAAUGUAUAUGAAUUCAUAUCAGAGUGUGAUGAUUUUGAACAAGCAACAAGUAUUCUCGAGUCUAUCUACAUAAAACCAAAGAAUGAAAUAUUUGCCAGACACAUUUUGUCAACACGGAAGCAAAAACCAAGUGAAACAAUAGAUCAAUUCCUCAAUGAACUUAAAAAUUUAUCUAAGGACUGUAAGUUCACUGCUGUUACAGCUGAGCAAUAUAAAUCUGAAAUGAUUCGCAAUGCGUUUAUAAAUGGCUUACUCUCCAAUAGUAUACGCCAACGUUUACUAGAAAACAAAAUAUUAGACCUUUCAUCAGCCUUUGACCAAGCUAGAUCUUUAGACGUGGCCCAACAAAACUCAAACUUAUACUCACAAUUGACUAUACCUACCUCUGCCUCUAUUCAGGAAAUCAAAUCACCUUUACAAAAACAGUCCAUGACUGAUAAUCACUUAGCUGCUACAGCAAAAUCAAAACAAUUGUGCUGGUUUUGUGGAAACAUAAGACAUCCACGUACUAAAUGUCCUGCUCGCGAAGCUAUCUGUCACAAAUGUAAAAAGAUUGGUCAUUUUGAAAAACUUUGCAGAUCAUCUAAUGUUUCUGCUGCUAUUCCUAAAAUUGAUGAUGAUUACUUCUGUGCCACCAUAUCAGCUUCAGCAAACUCUCUAUUCAGAGUUUGUCAUAACAUCAUUAUUAAUGAUAGAUAUAAAGCAGAAGCAUUAAUUGAUAGUGGAAGUACAAACAAAAGUUUUAUAAGCAACAAACUAGUGACUCUACUCCAUUUAAAUAUUAUUUAUGAACAGAGUGUAAUUGAAAUGGCAUCAGCUGCCUUAUCUGCAAAAUCAGAUGGAUAUUGUUAUGUCUCAAUAACUCUUCAAAACAAAAUCUAUAACAAAGUCAAGUUGCAUGUGCUGGAUAACUUAUGUGUAGAUGUUAUUCUUGGCACAGAUUUUCAAGAGUUGCAUGAAAGUAUUACCAUCAAGUAUGGUGGGAAAAGACCACCCAUAACAUUUGCUGCUUUAAUAACAAUGAAAACUGAACCUCCUGAAUUAUUUCCUAAUCUCACGCAAGAUUGUCGACCGAUUGCCACUUGA